CUUGCCCUUCUUUCUGUCUUCUUCAUGCUCAUUUUCAAAUCGUCGUGCACCAUUCUCGGACAAAGAAGCUAUCCUCUCUGCAAUUCUUUUUUUUGCCUUAGCCGUCCUUCAAUUUGUUGUACUGCAAACGAUAGAGUUCGAUUUGAAUUUUAUUUCGUGUUCAUCUGAGGUGGAGAAGUUAUUGGUUGUCCUUGAAUCCCAAAAACCCUUUUCAAAUUUGAUAUAGCAAAUUUAUCAGCAUUCUUUUGCUAUUUGUUUAGAAUUUGAAAUUUUCUUUGAGGAAUGGCUUUUCUAGAGGUAAAACAGAAACUCCUACGCGAGAUUGAAGAUCUAGGAUUCCCAAGGGCCCGAGUUGUCCGAGCACUUCAUAGUACUGGGAAUGUCAGCACUGAAGCUGCAAUUAAUUGGCUUAUUGAUCAUGAGAAUGAUUCAGAUAUAGAUCAAAUGCCCCUGGUAGCAAUAGACAUUGAUCUUGAAUCUCCUGAACCAUUUCAUAUCACAGAGGAAAUGAAAAGAAAGGCUAAGGAACUAAGGGAUCAAAUACGGAAAGAAAAAGAAAAAGAAGAAAAAAAGUUAGAAAGACAGAGGGAGAAGGACAGAAUUCGUUCUGGUAAAGAAUUACAAGAAGCAAAAAGAACUGCAGAAGAAGCUGAACGGAAACGCUAUAUAGACUCUAGGCAAGCUGAUAAACAGGAGGAGCAGAGAGCAAGGAAAAAAGUUCUACAAAAACUUGAACAAGAUAAGAUAGAAAGAAGGAGGAAUAGUGGAAUGCUCUCUGAAAGGUCUGAAAGCCUUGAUACAAAAUCUAACGCCACCGAAGCAGGGAAAAAUGAUGAACUUAGAUCGCAGAAUUCACUGCCAGCAACUUCAGUUAGUAAAGCAGUUUCUAUGAGAGAAUGCUUAAGGUCUCUUAGGCGCCAUCAAAAGGAUGAUUCUGAUAAAGUGAGAACUGCCUACCGAACCCUCUUUAUCUAUGUCAGAAAUGUAGCCAAAAAUCCUGAUGAGGAAAAGUUUAGGAAGAUUCGACUCAGUAACCCUUUGUUCCAGGAGAGAGUUGGGAGUUUGAAAGGAGGGAUAGAGUUUCUGGAGCUUUGCGGGUUUGAGAGAGGAGGAGAGUUUCUGUACCUUCCCCGGGAUAAAGUCGACCGGGGGGCUUUAGUCACUGCUGGAUCACUGUUAGAAUCUGCAAUGACAAAUCCCUUUUUCGGUGCAAUAUAAUCAUCAGGUAGAGCCUGUUUAUUGAAUUCGUUCUAAACCUUCUUGCUUUGGAAUUUAAACUUGGACUUUAAAGAAUAAUGUGCAUGUUGGAUAUUGUUACAAAUGUGUAUGAUUUUACUCAUUUCGAACAAGAUCAAGAUGGAUCAUCCAUUUAAUUUAGUAGCUUUUGUAACUAGGCA